AAAGUUGGAGGCCAUCGCUUCUAGGUUGGAGAUGCUAGUAUGAUGGAGGCUUCCUCUUGCAGCAUGCGCAGUCGGUGCUCAGUUGCUGCUUCGGCUCAGAAAGCAGCCAUGACCACCGCCGUGGCUUUUAGUCACCGCUGUAGCGGUAUGAGGCCCGAAGACCAAGAGGCUUAUGCACUGCGGGUCUUCCAUCUCUUUCCAGAGCUUUUUCACCUCUUGGGUGAUCCUAGCCUGCCGCAGCACUUUGAUCCAAGCCGAAGUGUUGUGGACCUGCAAGAGUCGGUCCUGCAGACUGUGCUCAGGGUGCACCUGGCACGACAGCCUUCGGACGACACACUACCGCGACCGGUCCCCUCGGCGCCAGCAGUGAGCUUCGACAUCUCCACGCCACUCCAGGCACCGAGCAGAGAUCCGCUCUCUGAUGCCAUUGGCUCCUUGCAGCCGCUGGCGGUCCCACAGGACUAUCAGCCACCCACUGCACCAGCAUCGUUUCCAGCUGUGCCACUGUCGCCAGUGGGGGAGGGGCUGGUGCCAAAGAGGCCAGAUGCCGUCAAACCUCAACUGCAGAGGAGCAAGAGCAAAGUCUUGGAGUCAGGACUCAUGCAGAAAUCUACACCCCUCCUGCCUGACAUCAGUGGUAUCCUAGCCGAGUCCAAACUGCGAGGGCGGGAGAAGACGGUGUCACCCAGCAAGGAGAGGCUGGAGCGAUCGUACGACGAUGAAGAUGAGGACUGGCAUCCAGGACAAAGUUCCGACGAAGAGCUGAUGCGAAGGAAGAAGGCCCCUCCUGAAUGUCUCAUGGAUGGCACGCCGUCCAGCGCUGGUCAUGGCCCCGAAAGCCCGCUCUUCCCAUGGAAGGGCUUGGAUUCCACGGUUUCCAGCAGCAGCACCAGCAGCGCACAUAUGCCACAUGUGCCCAGUGGACCACGUCUGCGGCGAGGUUUAAGCCCCAGCCAAAGCUUAGCGGGUCGUCGGGGCUUGCAACUGCAGCUUGCCCGCGGACGCUCCGCGCCAGUGCCCGAAGACGACAUGGGUUCGCUGCAAUCGCACAGCACCUCUCCAGCCAACUCCAUCGGCCUGAUGUCCGGACCAGGCGUCCAACUGGUUUCGCCGCCUCGGCGGAUCUCCAGGACCAAGACGUUGCCGGCGGACCUGCGCCGAGUGCAGCCGUCACCUUACGUUCCGCGCCCCCGGCCCGUCUCCUUUCCAAACCGACAAAACGUGAUCUUCUUCGACUGGGAUGAUACCUUGUGCCCCACCAGCUGGAUUCGGAGCCUGCUCAAGGAGCACAUGGCGGACGUCGAAGAAUGGGUGGAUCAAGACCAUUUCGUGGAUAGGGAAGAGGAUUGGCGGGACAGCAUCCCCAGCUGGUUCAAGCAGCCACUGCCUGAUGAACCUCACGUAAGGGAGAUCAUCAAGCAUGUUCAGAAGGCCUGUAUCAAGCUCAUCCAGGUCGCUAACAACUUGGGCCUUGUCUUCGUGGUCACCAACGCAGUGCCUGGCUGGGUGGAGAAGACCAUCAAGAGAUGGCUCCCCGAGCUGCGGAGUUACAUCGGCUCCUCCCAUUCGGAACGGCCGAUCAAAGUGAUCUAUGCUCAACAGGCCUAUGUGGAGAUUGAUCCAACCUUGCAGUUUGCUGACGAGCAGGGUGAAUACAUGCUUUGGAAGAAAGCUGCCAUGGAUGGCGUCCUGGCAGAGCUCGACAGUCUCGUCGUCCAGGCCGAAGGCACGUGUCCGCGCCGUGGGCGCAUCGCCAACGUGCUCUCCAUCGGCGACACCGAAGCCGAGAUGACGGCGGCGCAGUUGGCAAGCUUGAACUUCGACAGCGGGCGCCAGCGUCCGCGGGUUGGGAAGCGCUACCACCGCCGCUGUGGGCUGGCUGACCUAGACACAGGCGCUUGGCCGCGUGGUGCGCAGUGCUUUGCCUCGGAGGAUGGGAGUCACAGCAGCGGCAGUGAAGGUUGGAAUCCAACCAAGGAGAGGCGGCCGCAGGGGCGGCAGUUCGGUGGAGGCUAUCGGCAUUCCGUGGACGUGCCGUGGUCGUGCCAUUGGCCCUGGGUGAAGCUCAUCAAGCUGCAUGAAGGGUGCCAGGCUCGGCGCCUGGCGGUUCAAAUGGACGAGAUCGGUGAGCUGCUGCCGAAGAUGAUGGCCUGCCGGAAGCACGUCCGGGUGAACCUCUCCGAGGACUGUCGCAUCAACCCCUCGGAGCUCGAGGGCCCUCCGCCUGCCCAGCGACGCCGGCUGCGGACCGAAAGCAUUUGAGCUCCGAAAGCUGUGGCGCGGUGGCGCGGCCCCUCUCCGUUGGAGCUUCUUGAGGGUUGGGUAGGAAUUAGUGGUCCACUAGAGGAAUUCUCGCGAACAAACGUGAGAGAAUCUGCAGUUUCGUCAAGUCUGUAGAGUAUUUACUUGCUCAGAACGAUCAGCCCACACUUGGCUCGAUGUUACUACCGCGUGGUCACCAGUGGAUUCCCUAGUGGCAGUCGUUGCCGAAUAGCGCGGGCCAGGGACUGAAGGAGUUCCGCAUGGUCCAAGGAAUGCCAAAUGGAUGUCGCACAAGCGAGGGCAGAGAACGUUUGGGUCA